AGCGGGCAGACAUUCAGUUGAAGUUUUACUCUUGCCGGCAAACGUUCGGAUAUCGGAGCAAUUCGUAGGAUCGCAGAUCGCUCACACAGAUACUCAGAUACACAGGCGGCGUAACUCUCACACGUGCAGUUGCACUGGUGUUUGUACUUUGUUUACAGUCGCAUCGCAACAACAACAAUAAAGGCAGCGGAGUAAGAGAUAUAUAUGUAGAAAGAAAGGAGACGAAGCAAACGAAAACGAAGAAGAGGCAGUAAGAGAGAAGAAAAUACGUGGAAAAGAGAAAUUUCGACGUUCUAAGCCAAGUCUUGCUAGUCUGAAACAAAUAACCAAAUCGUGCGGCUAACUGCAACGGCUGGCAGAAUUAUUGGCAAUAACCACACCUGCUGAGUAACCAUGGCCAGCUCACCCAUCACAGAAUUCUACGGGGGACGCAAUGUGUUCAUUACGGGCGCCACUGGCUUCGUGGGCGUCACCAUUGUGGAGAAACUCCUACGCGAUGUACCCAACGUGGGCACACUCUACCUGCUGAUGCGGGCCAAGAAGGGCAAGAAUGUCCAGGAGCGACUCGAGGAGCUCAAGAAGAACUCCGUGUUUGAUAAGUUCAAGGAGCUGCAGCUGGAGGCACGUCUUUCCAAGAUCGUUCCGAUCGAGGGCGAUGUGGGGCUGGAAAACCUGGGCAUCUCGCCCAAGGAUCGCCAGAUCCUGAUCGACAAUGUGAAUGUGGUCUUCCAUUCGGCAGCCACUUUGGACUUUUUCCAAUCCCUGAAAGAGACCACUAACAUCAACCUGAGGGGCACAAGGCGAGUGGUGGAGCUGUGCACGCAGCUAAAGAAGCUGGAUGCCCUGGUCCAUGUGUCCAGCGCCUAUGUAAACGCAUAUUUAACCGAGGUCGAGGAGAAGCUGUAUCCCUCGCCUGAAGAUCCCGAAAAGAUCAUCCAGCUGGCAGAGACGCUCAACGAUGAUGCCCUCAAGGAACUGGAACCAAAACUGAUGAAGGAUCACCCCAAUACCUACACCUUCACCAAGCACUUGGCCGAGCACGAGGUGGCCAAUGUGGCCAGUAAAUUCCCCUGCGGCAUUGUCCGUCCCAGCAUGAUCACCGCCGCUUGGAAGGAACCCAUUCCCGGAUGGACCAUUUCAAAGAAUGGACCGCAGGGCUUCUUCAUGGGCGCCUCCAAGGGUGUACUGCGUCGCCUUCCCUUGGAUCCCAACAUCAUUAUGGACUACAUACCCAUCGAUGUGGUGGUCAAUGGCAUCAUAACCACCGGCUACUAUGUCCACGCUCUGCAGGCUAAGAAUGGCGGCCGCCCAGACGAUCUGCAGAUCUUCCACCUGACCUCCAGUACCUACAAGCCCUUCCGCUUUGAGCUGAUGACCGACAAGAUCAAUGGCUAUUUGCACGACUAUCCACUGAACAGUGCCGUGUGGUAUCCCAACCUGCGCUUCGUCAAGAGCCUCUGGGUGUUCCGCCUGGGCGCCAUUCUCUUCCACUUUGUUCCCGCCUUGAUUCUGGAUUUGGUGACGAAGAUUGGAGGCGGCAGACCGAUCCUGAUUCGUCUGCACAAAAACGUUUGGAACUCCCUGAAUACCCUGGAACGCUUCAUCUUCACGGAAUGGCAUUUCGACAACAAACGUUUGCUGGCGCUCUCCAAGGCAAUGAAUCCCGUGGACAAGAAGAAGUUCAUUAUUGAUAUUGGAGAGCUCAAAUGGGAUGACUACUUCAGCAAUACGAUUCUGGGAGUGCGCCAGUACCUCAGCAAGGAGCCGCCCAAGAAUCUGGAAAAGGCACGUCGCAAGGACAAAAUCCUUCUGGGUCUCCAUGUGGCCCUGCAGCUCAGCUUCUGGUAUGGAAUCUUUAAGCUGGUCGUUGGCAUCACUGGAAUUUCUGCCGCCAAGGGAGCCCUCAUUCUGCCCGUCCUCUAUUACCUGUUUGGACUGCUUUAAGGCGGCGAUCACUUUUCCUCCAGUAGUUCAGCAUUCUCUUAAUGUUAUUUAUGCUAAAUGCAACUUGUACAAGGUUUGGUUUUAAAAUAUAAAAAUACAAACAGGAAA